ACUUUAAUUUCAUGUUCGUUCCGGUUCUGGAUACUAGUGAGUAAAUUUUUCGCAGAUGAACAGGUCCGAGGAGUGAACUAUAAUAUAACAUAAUACAUUGUUAUCAGGCGGUGUCCCAGUGCACACGCUACUAUUUGGUCUUCAGGCUCAAGCAACGCGCAACGUUAUUCGUGUAUACACAUAAGCACGUCGUUAUAUGGGUGAUACGAUGGCGGUGAUCCACGGCCGCGACGUGACAGUAACACUAAAGGAAAUGCUCUUGCGGACGAUAGUUUUUUUCGUGGUCAUUGUAGACGUAUGUUGGGGAUCUGAUCCACCAAAAUCGUAUGGGCCGUCUCCGUCAAACGACAACUACCAUAAUAAUUAUGAACCCGAGUUUCAAAGACCGUUAGCUGUAUUCACAGAGAGACCCGUGAAUGUGGCUAACUUUGUAUUGAUUCCAGUGGUGCAAGUUCCAUCUUCAGAUCUAAGAAUGAUUUAUCGGCCACAGAUCGACAGUGUUUCAAAAACCGAACCAGUUAUAAUGUGUAAAUCAUUAACAAAAUCAUUUGAAGCUACACCUGCAGUGCAAGUUCAGUUACAGCAACCGUUUUACCUAUAUGACGAACGGACGCUCAUACCGUUCCCAAAGUCAGUUACCAUUUUGCACGGUGGUUACCGAAUGUCAAUCCCAGUUGGUAUGGUUGUAGCUCCAGUUCCAGUGGAUCUCCUUCGUGCUGGACCAGUAUUCGUCACCACGCUAUACGCUAUACCCGCGAGUCCCGAGCCAGCGCCGUCACCAGUAAGGUUCGUACCGUUGCCGUCUUAUCCUCCGAAUCCAACGGCCCUUCAGCCGUAUUCAGCGCCAUACUCAGCACCACUAUCCCAGUAUCCGGCUCCGUCAGUUCAGUAUUCAGCAACGCCGUCCCAGUACCCAGUUUCGUCAGCUCAAUAUCCGGCUGCACAUCCUCCGUCCACGCAAUACUCACAAUCGGUACCACCAUCGCCAACUUACUACCAACACUCGGGAAGCACAGAUGGCGGAUACUCUGAAGAGUCCAAUGACCUGCGAAACCGCGAACCACCCGGCAAACUGUACACACAAUUUGCAGCGUCGUCGUUUCAAAACUCUAAAGAAUCACCACUGCUGCACCAACUAAGAGAGGAGUCGGAAAAGAACCGCAAUAAGUACGCGCCGCCUUCGUAUUCCAAUCAGUACCAAACGGUGGACGCUCCAUAGACAUGUCAUUGCCACUAGACUUGAGUUGUGGUUGGGUGCAUGCUUUUAACGAGACAGAUGUGCUAAUUUUUUUUAUUAUUAUUUUAUUUAACGAAAACUAUUUUUCUAUCCCAUAUAUUUGUAUAGGUUACACUUUU